GUGCCGUUAAUUGCAAUCAAAAAAUUUUGAAUAUUCUAAUUUGUAUAAUUCGAUGCUAGAAAAACAAUUGCAAAAAAUGGAUUUGGAUUUAGCGACGUGCCUUUUUACUGGUCUGUCAACCGAAUGCUUGCAGGACAAGCGACUUAUUUGGGAAGAUGGUCAUUUCACAACAGCUACUCCAAAAAUAUUUGCCAAGGAAGUAAUCAGAUUUGUGCGUCGUAAGGAACUUCGUAGUAUUUCUAGUCCUUUCGAAAUAUCGGAUGAAUACUUCGCUCAUGCUUUCCAGUUGAAUAAAUUCUUAUUCCAAGAUUUAAUACUGGUACUUUGUCUGCGCACCUAUUAUCGACCAGAAGCGGACACUAAUCCCAUACCACUUGAUUUGCGUGUUCUUGCUACACUUACGUACUUAGCGCACGGCCAUUUUGGCGCACUAAACCAUUUGGAAGCCUUUCGAUUAUACCAAGUAAGCAUUCUUCAGCGUUGUGUACCUCAAGUGUGUCAGACAAUUGUACAUUUUAUGGCUACGGACUAUAUUGUUUUCCCUUCAAAUAAUCAUGUCACUUCGAGUAUUAAGCUUGGUUUUAACUCUCAGUUUGGUAUACCAAAUGUAGUAGGAAUACUGGAUUGUUUUCAUGUCCGGCUUUCCAAAGUAGAUCCGUCACAUAACCGUUCAUUCAGGUGCAGACACGGGAAUUUGGCUAUCAAUGUGCAAGUGAUCUGUGAUCAUACAAUGCGUUUCUUGGAUGUAAAUCCUCGAGCACCUGGAGGUGCUAGUGAUAUUUCCGUUUGGAAACGUAGUCACAUACAUGGUAUUGUGAAGAAUCUCUUUAAAACAGAACCAGCAUGGCUAAUAGCUGAUCGUGGCUAUAAAUUAGAAGAUAUUCUCAUUAAUCCGUACCGGUGUCCAAAUUCUAUAUCUGAGCUACGUCUUAAUGCAAUGCUGGAAAGAAUGCUUGGUGUAUUAGAUACAGCUGUCGUAAUGCUAACAUCGCGUUUUCGUUGCCUUAAAACGAUACUACCUUACAAUCAUCAGGCGGCAGCAAAUAUCGUCACUGCCUGUGCCACGCUGCACAACUAUUUGUUAUCCAAAGAUUGUGACAUCGAUGAACGUCGAAUGUCAAUUGUGCCAAUGCGCAAACCGUUGCCGAAUGCGAUCUUUGAAGAUAAAUGGUCUGCUGGCUACAAAAACCGUGAAUACGUUAAAGCUUACUGUUUUGGAGAUAAUUGACGUUUUCCCUACGGUUAAAAAAUGAAAAUAUUUUAAUUUUUAAGAAACUAAAGCUAACGUUUUUUUAUGUAUGUAUGCUGCAUUUUUUGUGUUAUUUAUUCUAUUAUAAAAUACACAUUUGUGUGUAUAUGUGUAUGAAUUUUAUCAAUUUGCUAUUUUUUCUAUUUAUUAUCGUGUGCGUUUUUUUUAUGCUUUAUCUUUACAAGCAUUUUUAACUUAAAUUUUUAGUUUUAUAUUGCCCGAGUCAUGCCUGUAAUGGAAUUUCGAGCAAGUAUUUUAUGUUGUACAGAAACAUCGUUACGUUGUAAAAUAUUAAAAACCAAUGUUUUGAAGUCAUUUAUCAAUAAGCUGCAUUAA